AAUGUGGUUUAACUGAACAUCAGAUUUAUACAGAAUUACUGGACUUAAUUUCUGAGAGAGAGAGAGAGAGAGAGAGAGAGAGAGAGAGCGCACAGCCCACUGGCUGAAAGAGAGGAUGCAUCAGAGAGAGAGAGAGAGAGAAACUGUGAUGAUAAUGGAGGCAGGAGAAACGAACAGAGAGAAGAGAGAUUCACAACACUCUCGCGAUUGAUCAGAAAGCAGGUGUUGGACCUUCAUCCACAUCAGACUGAUGUCAGAGGAGAAAUGGAUGUGCGGUAGGACUCGAUGAGCUCCAGCAUCUGACCGAACGAACUUCUGAUUCACACGAAUCCAGUCUCGAGAUCAUCGAUCAUCAGUUUUCCAUUCUAUUUCAAGCUUUGCGUGUUUCGCGGGAUCUUUUCCUCAUUUCACGCCUCUAAAUCAGUUUGAAGCUGCAGCGCGCGAACGGAGCCCGAUCAUGAAUAUAAAACACAUCAGAUUCUUCAUAUAAUGGGGAUCGAGGACGCGAGUAUGAGGAACGGACGGGCUCUGUCCGAUCAGUGGGCCGACAGCGUGGUGGUCCGGCCCCGGACGACCGAACAGCACAUCACGGUGCAUAAGAGGCUGGUGCUGGGCUUCGCCAUCUCCAUCCUCACCCUCAUCAUCGUAACGGCCAUCGCCAUCACGCUCAGCGUCAGCUUCGAGAGAUGCGCCGCGGAGAGCAGCGGGGCUCUGGCCGCGAACGGGUCCAGCAACAGUAAGUGGAAACAGUCCCGGGACGGGAACAUCAGUCACAGAGACACAGAGGACGGCCAGCAGCCCUGGAGACAUCUGCGCUUACCGGCCACCCUGCGCCCUCGCCACUACGACCUCCGACUGUCCGUGUACAUGGAGAACUUCACCUUCUCCGGCGAGGUGAACAUUGAGUUUGAAUGCGUCAACUCCACGAAGUUUAUCGUGCUGCACACGGACCGGCUGGAGCUGGAGAAAGCGCUGGUGUAUUCGGACAGUAAGAAAGCGGGCGCCAUGAGGAUCCAGCGCCGCUUCCACUACCAGCCCAAGCAGGUGUAUGUGAUCGCGCUGCACAGAGAGAUGAAGCCCCUCAGAACAUACAAGAUCAACAUCACUUUUCACGCGCACAUCGAGCACGAGCUCUUGGGAUUCUUCCGCAGCUCGUACGUGCUCAAUGGAGAAAGAAGGUAUCUUGCGGUGACGCAGUUCUCACCGACUCACGCGAGAAAGGCCUUCCCGUGUUUCGACGAGCCCAUCUAUAAAGCCACAUUCAGAGUGAGUCUGAAACACGAGAGCUCGUAUCAGUCGCUGUCCAACAUGCCAGUGGAGGCCUCAACGUCUGACGAGGACGGAUGGGUGACCAACCAUUUCUCCAGGACGCCCCGGAUGUCCACGUACUACCUGGCCUGGGCCGUGUGCAACUUCACCUACAGAGAAGCAGUUACAGACAAUGGAGUCGUGAUUCGGCUGUACGCCAGGCCUGACGCCAUCCAGAGCGGAUCGGGGGACUACGCUCUGCACAUCACCAAGAGACUCCUGCAGUUUUACCAGGAUUACUUCAAAGUCAAAUAUUCCCUCCCAAAAUUAGAUCUCCUGGCAGUGCCGAAGCAUCCGUAUGCAGCCAUGGAGAACUGGGGCCUGAGUGUGUUUGUGGAGCAGAAGAUCUUGUUGGAUCCUGACGUCUCCUCCUUCUCCUAUCAGAUGGAGCUCACCAUGGUGGUGGUGCACGAGAUCUGCCAUCAGUGGUUUGGGGAUCUAGUCACACCAGUUUGGUGGGAGGAUGUUUGGCUGAAGGAAGGAUUCGCUCAUUACUUUGAGUACAUCGGGACUGAUUUCCUCUUUCCAAAGUGGAACAUGGAGAAGCAGAGGUUUCUGACGGAUGUUCUUCAUGAGGUGAUGUUAUUGGACGGUUUGGCCAGUUCUCAUCCGAUCUCUCAGGAAGUGUUUGAAGCUACAGACAUCGACAGAGUGUUUGACUGGAUCGCAUAUAAGAAGGGAGCCGCUCUGAUCCGUAUGCUGGCAAACGUCAUGGGACAGACGCUAUUCCAGAGAGGCCUCAAUGAUUACUUGAUGACGCACAUGUAUGGGAACGCGGCGAGAGAUGACUUGUGGAACAAAUUCUCUGAGGCCAUGCAGCAGGAGGGAAAGGACAUCAACAUCACGCAGGUCAUGGACCGCUGGACCCUGCAGAUGGGCUACCCUGUCGUCACCAUCAGCAAGAACGACAGUCUUGACAACAGUGUCACCAUCUCCCAAGAGCACUUUGUCUAUGACACGGAUGCCAAGAUCCAGAAUCCUGAGCUCUUCAACAAAAGCUUCCAGUGGCAAAUACCGCUGACGCUCGCAGUGGGAAACUCCAGUCACAUAUCAACAGACACCAUCAUCUGGGUCUCCAAUAAAACAGAGACUCACAGAGUGGGUCACGUGGGCGGUGAGACGUGGUUGCUGGGCAACAUCAAUCAAACGGGCUACUUCAGAGUGAACUACGACCUCCACAACUGGAGACUUCUCAUUCAACAGCUGAUGACCAACCCAACGAUCAUCUCCGUGGGCAACAGGGCCGGUCUGAUUGAUGACGUCUUCAACCUGGCAAGAGCGGGGUAUUUGCCCCAAAACGUCCCCCUGCAGAUGAUCUCAUAUUUGACUCAGGAGACUGAGUUUCUGCCCUGGCACGCUGCUAGUCGAGCUCUUUACCAGCUGGACAAACUCCUGGACCGCACUGAAGACCACAGCCUGUUCAGCGACUAUGUUCUAAGACAGGUGGAACCAAAGUAUCACAAGUUGGGCUGGCCAACCACUUCCCCUGAAGGCUCCUUCAUGCAGGCGGCUUAUCAGGCCGAAGAGCUGCAGAGAGAGGUGAUCAUGCUGGCCUGCAGUUUUGGAAGCAAACACUGUCACCGCCAAGCUGUGUCUCUCAUUUCAGACUGGAUUUCCAGCAACAAGAACAGGAUUCCACCUAAUGUGCGGGACAUCGUGUACUGCACAGGGGUGUCUCUGAUGGAUGAGGACGUGUGGGAGUUUAUCUGGAUGAAGUUUCACUCCUCUACAGCCAUCUCUGAGAAGAAGGUUCUUCUGGAGGCCUUGACCUGCAGUGGCAACAUCUUCCUGCUCAACAGGCUCCUGAAUCUGUCUCUCACCUCUGACCUGGUGCCGGAUCAGGACGUGAUCGAUGUCAUCAUACAUGUGGGCCGCAAUCCGCUGGGAAGACAUUUAGCAUGGAGAUAUUUCCGCGAAAAGUGGGACAUAUUGAAUUCCAGGUAUGGAGAAGCUUUAUUUAUGAACUCAAAAUUAAUCAGUGGCGUGACAGAGUUUCUCAACACUGAGGCGGAGUUGAAUGAGCUGAAAGAGUUCAUCCUAACCAGCGGGGGAGAGUCGGCACCUGCGUUCGCUCGAGCCGUUGAGAUCGUUCAAGCUAAUGUAAAAUGGCACAUCCUGUUCCAGCAGCAGUUUUACCGAUGGCUGCGAAAAGCUCCUGAUGGUUAACACAACAUUAAGCAUGGAGCGCUCCAUUAGCAUGAAAACUCUAUCAGACAUGUCGAGGCCAGUGACGUGGGGACACCUACGUGAUAUUAAAAAUGACUUUUAUGGACUCUGAGAAGCAGCAAAACUUUUACUUCCCCAUUGAAACGACAGGGCAAGUUCCCAGAGAACAACAGUGCCGCCCUGCUGGCCAACACCCUCACUACACUAGAGACAGUAAAAUGGGGAGGAGAUGGACAACUUGUGGAAAAUAAAUGGAAGAAACUGCAACACAUGGUAACAGAAGGACUGGAAGUCCCACUUUUAAUUUGAAAAGAGCCAGCUGAGAAUGAGCAUGUGCAUUGAGUGGAUCAGGCUGAAAAAAAAAAAAAUGUUUAUAACGUGAUUUGAGUUAAAUAGGCAAAUGUGUGAUUCUGCUUGUGUCCAGUUUUAUUCAUAAUGUGAAAUAUGAGUUAUUUCUAAAAACAAUCUUAGUAGUUUGAAAAUUUCAGUCUUUCCCCUUUCAGGCAGAUUCAGAUUCCAUAAAAGGACUUUGUCUACACUCACUGCAUUCUCUCCCCAAAGACUGCUGCUGUUUUCAGAUGCAACAAAGACUCUUUUUAAAGUUUAAACUUCAGUGAUAAGCUGCUCGUCACUUUUCUUGCACAAUCACGCCAUUUUAUUGACUUAUAUUUUGUACAAUAUCAAAUGAGGCCAUAUCUACCUUCAUCAAAAAGUCAAAUAAAUAUAACUGCAGGUCGCGAGAGGAUCCAGAGCAGGCCAUUGUCAUUUAUCAUGGACAAACACAGGCUUGUCUGAUUAAGGGUCAAUGCAAAUUAAGGAAUUCUUAAAGGUGCCUAUAUCUAUGUUUUCUUGGGUCAGUAGUGGAUUGAAGAUGAGAUUAUACAGUGGAGAUUCUAUAAUAUUGACACAUGAUGAUUAUAUAACUUGAAGAAUAUGCAUAUACAUGUAUGUAUGUUCAUGUAUAUAUAUUUAUACAAAGUUAAAUAAUAUAUGGGUCAAAUAUGUGACACUCUUUUUUUUUUUGUUUCAAGUUUUCUGGAAUUAAAGGGAUUGUUCAUCCAGAAGUUCUGUCAUCAUUUACUCACCCUCAUGCCAUUCCAAACUCAUAAAACUUUAAUUUAUCUUCAGUAUACAGAUGAAGAUAUUUUUAAUAGUCUCACAUUUAAUAGUCUUUUUGUCUCACACAACCAAAGUACAUAGAGGCAUCGCAAAAAUAAAUUCAUAUGAAGCGAGCAGUUUAAUUUAAGUCUUCUGAUGAGACAAGAUCGCUUUAUACGAUAAACAGAUUUCAUGUAAGCUUUUAUUCACAUAUAAACUUUGAUCAAUGCACAUAGAGCUCAUCAAAUAUGGUAAACACAGAAGCUCAGUAGUGUUUGCUUGACAUGCAAGAACAAACUUCACUUGUUUUCGCACUUCAGCAAGCACAGUUGUGUAAAUGAUGACAUUUUUCAUUUUUGGAUGAACUAUCCCUUCAAGUUAUUCAAAAGUUUAUUGAUGCAAUGAGCAGACAAUGAGCAGAGUACUGAACUUUUAUGAUGAAAGUGUUCAAAUUCUGAUUUUAUUUUUUUGUGAAUAUUAAAAUAAAUCAUGUCAGGGUGGUGUAACCAGUAAAUGACUGAAAUUAUUUUUAUUACGUGUAACUAUUAUUAUAAUUUUUUUUUUAAUUGAAAAAAAAAAUUAUUAAUGUUUGGAAAAACUUUUAUCUGCCAAAUCACUGUGGUAUACCAAACAUAUAGGAUUUUUGUUAGUUCAGGUUGUCGUCAAAUGGUAUAACCUAAAGUUCAAGAAACAAUUUUGAAAAAAUUAUAUAUACCAUGUAUUCUAUAGGUGUUAUAUAUAUAUAUAUAUAUAUAUAUAUAUAUAUAUAUAUAUAUAUAUAAAUAUAUAUAUAUAUAUAUAUUAACUGAUGGUUGUAAAGGUGCAGCGCGGGAAAAUGUUAAGGCGAGAUGCAGCAGGUUUAUUUACAAAACAAAAGAAAGUAAACCAAGAUGUCAAAAGUAAUCCACAAGGUAAAGUAAUCCAAAUGUAAUAGCGUUGUAUAUACACAAUGACCGAAAAACUGCGGGGCUGUUUACGUGACACUGUUUUCAACUAAAAAUGAAAAACUUUUUUUAUGCGUUUUGGCCAUUCAUUUACAUGACAACGGCUCUUUGGGGCCUGAAAACACAAACUUUUGAAAAUUGGUUUCAAAAUGCAAGUUUUUGAAAACGAUACCGUUAUUGUCUCCAUGACAAAAAUGCGAAUUUGUGACAAUGGUGCAUGCAUGUUUUACGUGUUUAGUCUAUAGGGCGCGUAAUUUUUCUUUACAAACUACUGGCCUGGCAUGAAUAAUACAGCGUUUUUAAUCGUUUCGCGGAUCCAUGUGAACGGAGAUUGUUUUGACAUCACUGUCAUCUGUAUACAGAAAACGUAAAGGAAAACCCAAAUCUACACAGACAAUAUGUGGUUACACCACUUGACAUUUUUAGAGUCAUUUAAUUAAAAUGUUCAUUAGAUUGUUUGUUUGUUUGUUUAUGAAUGCAAGGAUUUCAAUUCUUAGAACUUUUCUCAUGCGCUUUAAAAUAGAUUUUAAAAAGAUUUCUCCGACCCUCAUAAUCGACCCAUAUAUAGAUUUGUUUUACUCUUGGGCAGAAACAUUACUUUCAAAGAAGUUUUCACAUGUACAUUUUGUAGAUAUGUUGACCUUAAUAUCCUAAUGGUAAUUUUUGUCUGUUUAUUUGUUUUGUAUGCAUUGCAGAUGUAAAUGCAAAAAUGAAGAGCUAAAAAAAGAAAGAAAGAAAAAAGAAAAUAAGCGAUCAGUGCCUUUUCUACCUCACUAUCCAUUUCCAAUUAGAAAGAGUGACAGUGCCUUGAAUAAACCUGUCAUAAACAUU